AUGCAUGGCUAUAAGAAGGCGCUCAAAAUGCUCUGCUCUUGUGCACAGUUUGGCUGGCUACAAGUUCACACUGCUACCAAAAGUCGAGUCGCUGUGUACCGGAUUCAAAUUUGUUGGGCCGACUAUGGAAAUCUUGCCCGGAUUACUGCGCAAAAUGUCAAGGAAAGGGUCUGGGAACAUGCGAAAAAGUCUACACUAAGGAUUGUGUUGGAUACCAAUGCCACUGCGAAGGCGAGGAUGUUCCAAAAUCAACAAAUCCCUUGGACAUGGCUACAUGUAAACUGGGAUUGUAAUGAAAAGGAUGCUGUGUGGCGUGUACAUAUGUAA